GACAAUUUUGAGAAUAUGAAUCCAAAUGUAAAUAUUGACCAAAAUGCGCUUUUCGUACAACCACAACUCAAAUGCUUAAACCCACACCUCAAGUCUAAAACCCUGCGCGGAUUCCAGUUCAAUGACAAAAAGAUGACAGGCGUUCUCGGCCGUCUCUCCCGGCGGAGACGACCGCCGCUAAUCUCUCUUCUCUCCAGGAACCACCCUCUGUCCACAACCUCCGCCGCCUUCUCGAAACUCCGCUCUGAAUACUCCUUCGUAGCUCCUCCCUCUCUCCGCCCGCAGCCCCCAAGUAAAGAUCCCAUUUUUCAACCGCAACCAGAAUCUAGACCCCGAAAAACCAAACCCCCUUACCGCCCGCCCUCGUCCCUGGACAGGUCCGACCCGCCGAUUAGGUCCGACCUUCCAUUCGACUUCCGUUUCAGCUACACUGAGAGUAGCGCAAAAGUAAGACCCAUCGGGCUGAGGGAGCCAAAGUACUCGCCUUUUGGGCCUGGUCGUCUGGACCGGGUAUGGACAGGGGUUUGCGCUCCGGCUGUCGACCCUAAAGCGGCGUUCGCUGGAGUUGAUGGUGAAUUGGAGGAGAAGAGGAGACUGAUGAGAGAGAGAAUUCAGGGAGAGCCCUUGACUAAUGCUGAAAGGAAAGCUCUUGUGGAGAGGUGUCAAAGGCAUAAAACCAAGAGGCAGAUAAACUUGGGGAGGGAUGGUUUAACGCACAACAUGUUAAACGAUAUUCAUAAUCACUGGAAACAUGCUGAGGCUGUCAGGAUAAAGUGUAUGGGAGUCCCUACUGUUGAUAUGAAAAACAUAUGCACUCAGUUGGAGGAAAAGACAUUUGGUAAGAUCAUUCAUAGACAUGGUGGCCAACUUGUACUUUAUAGAGGUAGGUAUUAUAAGCCAAAGGAAAGGCCUGUGAUUCCACUGAUGUUGUGGAAGCCUCAAGAGCCAGUCUAUCCGAGGCUUAUAAAAACUACGAUCGAGGGCUUGAGCAUUGAGGAAACCAAGGAGAUGAGAAAAAGAGGGUUAUCUGUCCCUGCCUUAACCAAACUUGCUAAAAAUGGCUAUUAUGGUAGUCUCAUACCCAUGAUUCGGGAUGCUUUUCUCUGUGACGAGCUGGUUCGGAUAGACUGUGAAGGCCUCCCAACAAGUGAUUAUAAGAAAUUAGGGUGCAAAUUGAGGGACUUAGUCCCUUGUAUUCUUGUUACAUUCGAAAAGGAGCAGAUUGUAAUAUGGAGGGGCAAGAACUAUAAGCCCGCAGAAGGUGGCUACUUCCUGACAGAGAGGGAAUCAUUUGAUGAUCCAGAUGAUGAUUUAUCGGUUGGCACACAUCAAAAUGAAAACACAGAUCCCAAUUAGAGUCAAAGUGAUUAUGAUUCUGGUCAUUCCGAUGAUGAGUAAUUCCGGCUUGUGCGUGCAUAUUGUCCAAUAAACAUGAUGCUACAAGAAUGACAAUGAGCCAUCAGGUAAACUAGUAGAUGGUAUUGAAAUACAGACACUGUUAUAUUAGACUUGUGUGUUUUUUGUGUUGAAAUAAUCUAUGUCUAUGUCACAGGCUGGGUAAAAGUAGAUCUGGGAGGGGAGAAAAGAAAAAAGAUUGGCUCUGCAAUUCAGUGGUGUAUGUUGUUUAAGUUGUCUCACAUGGGUGGUGAAUUGAAUGAGAUGGUGCACAUGCUUAACACUCUGAAUGAGUUGGUGAGAUUUGAUGGGCACUAUGAUCAAUGUGAUCUUGUGUAACCUUGUAUACUAGUAUUUUUAAGAUCUUAUACUAAAGGAAUUAAUCAUAUUAAUGAAUGCGAAUUGGUCUAA